CGGGGCGGGGCAGGGGCGGGGCGGGAGGCGCAGGCAGGAUGGCUUUGCAGCCGCGCGUUUGAAUUGCCGAGCAGGAGAGGCCUGCGCUGGCCAUGGGGCUGAAGAGUGCCCAGAAGGCUUUGUUCCCCCUGCGCUCCGUCUCCGAUGUGGUGCGCCUCUUCGCGCUGGAGCUUCACCGGGAGCAGCCGGACCUGGUGCUCCUCUCGCUGGUGCUGGGCUUCGUGGAGCACUUCCUGGCCGUCAACCGGGUCCUCCCCACCAACGUGCCGGGCAUCAGCUUCGAGCCGGUCCAGGGUCCCGAAAACCUGACCUACUUCCCCGUGGCCGACUUGAGCAUCGUGGGCGCCCUGCAUGCCCGCUUCACCGCCCAGAUCCGAGGCGCCGUGGAUCUCUCGCUGUACCCCCGGCCGGACGGUUACUCCUCCCGGGAACUGGUCAAGAAAGUCUCGGACGUCAUCUGGAACAGCCUGAGCCGUUCUUACUUCAAGGACCGAGCCCACAUCCAGUCGCUCUUCAGCUUCAUCACAGGGACCAAGUUAGACAGCUCUGGAGUGGCUUUUGCGGUGGUCGGAGCCUGCCAGGCGCUGGGGCUCUACGACGUGCACCUGGCCCUCUCGGAGGACCACGCGUGGGUCGUGUUCGGCAAGGACGGGGAGCAGACGGCUGAGGUCACGUGGCAUGGGAAAGGCAACGAGGACCGGCGUGGGCAGACGGUCAACUCGGGUGUAGCUGAACGGAGUUGGCUGUACCUGAAGGGAUCCUACCUGCGUUGCACUAGGCCAAUGGAGGUUGCUUUCAUGGUUUGUGCCAUCAACCCCUCCAUCGACCUGCACUCUGACAGCCUGGAGCUGUUGCAGCUCCAGCAGAAACUAUUAUGGGUCCUCUACGACAUGCAGCAUUUGGAGAGGUAUCCCAUGGCUUUGGGGAACCUGGCUGAUCUGGAGGAGCUGGAACCCACGCUGGGCCGUCCUGACCCCCUCUGUAUUUACCACCAGGGGAUCAGCUCAGCCAAGCAGUAUUAUCACAACGAGCACAUUUAUCCCUACAUCUACUUGGCCAGCUAUCACUGCCGUAACAAAAAUGUGAAGGAAGCGCUAGAGGCGUGGGCUGACUCGGCCACUGUGAUCCAAGAUUACAACUACUGCCGAGAAGAUGAAGAGAUUUAUAAGGAAUUCUUUGACGUGGCCAACGACAUUAUUCCCAAUUUGCUCAAAGAGGUGGCCAGCCUGGCGGACUCCGCCGAAGACAAGGGAGCUGGGGAGAAAGGAGAGGCUUCGCCGUCUCAAACGGGCGGAUCGGCGUUGCAGGACCCCGAGUGCUUUGCCCACCUUCUGCGCUUCUACGACGGCAUCUGCAAAUGGGAAGAGGGCAGCCCCACACCGGUCCUGCAUGUCGGCUGGGCCACCUUCCUGGUCCAGUCGCUGAGCCGCUUUGAUGGGACGGUGCGGCAGAAGGUGACCCUGGUCAGCCGGGACCUGGAUGCGAACGAUGACGACGACCAAGGGAGUGAGGAUCCCCGAGAAGGCCGACGUCGGGGUCCCCGGCGAGAAUCCAAGCCGGAAGAGCCGCCCCUGGCCAAGAAGGCCACAGAACGCCGGCGCCCGAGCACCACCCAGCGAUCCGACCGGCCGCUUCCGGAGAAGGAGGAGGGUCUCAGCAGCGGCUCCAGCCCCCGCCCCGAAGGCCCCGUCCUCACCUUUCAGAGCGAGAAAAUGAAAGGGAUGAAGGAACUCCUGGUGGCCGCCAAGAUCAACUCGAGUGCCAUCAAGCUGCAGCUCACGGCCCAGUCACAAGUCCAGCUGAAAAAGCAGAAGAUUUCUGCGCCCCGAACAUACGCCCUGUCCUUUCUCAAAAGGCCCCGGAAGUCUCUUUGAUUCUGGACGAGAAACUUUCCGAUUUCUUGGCAAAUGUUUGCUCAGUUUCCUCUCUUCUUCCAAUUUUCCCCUCGGCCAACGUUUCCAAACCUUGCUUGGAAAUUGAGCUUUUAAAGGUGGAUUUAGCUCAUGCCAGGGAGAGCUUAAUUUUAAGGGCUCCAGAAAUAAAACAUAACACUCUGAAGGUUGUGGAGAAGGGACAGAAAAAACCCGGAGACUUUAAAUGACAUCGCACUGUGUACAAAGAGACUUCUUGGGCAUUUUUUACCCGUCUUUCUCUUUUCGUCUCAUAUUUGCAAGCGGGAGGUGGGAUAAUUUCGUGUUUGCAAUGACCAGGGACUUUGAAUCCUUUUUUUUAACGAACAAUUGAAGAUCCUAACACGGCUGAAUAUCAAAAAACAGCAUUUUUAAAAAAAUUUAAAAACAAACAUGUGGCAUUAAUGUUGUAACAAACUACACUACCAGUGUAAGAUCAGCUACAGAAAAGGGAUAAACAAAAUGAAACUAGUGGCAAGCACACAACAGUGAAAAAAAUCUUCCCGAGUGAUGGCUUAACUAUUUUAAAAAAAAAACAAUCCUGGGGUGAUCACCACACAAAGGUUAUCUUUUAUCAAUGAUAAAAAAACGAUCAUGUCCAAAAGAUCUGAGCCGGAGCUUUCGGUCUGCACUAGUAUAAGUGAUAAGUAAGAAAUUUUUGUACAAGUUUGCGGAGACAAAAUUAAUAAAUUUUUAAGGUUCUCUUUUGUUACACAGAG